UACAUGGGGCUGACAAGAUCAUGGUUCGACACUUCUCAUGUUGUGUAGGAUUGCAUACCUCAAAGCCUCAUUAAUUUCCUUCCUCUUCCAGACUUGUUUCCUCCUCACUGUAAGGUUAUCAAUUUCAUUAGCAAUCUCCGGCUCACCCAUUAAGAAAUUCUUAACAGUCUGAAUGCGUCAAUUGCAACUUGUAAGUUGAUGGCUGAUACGAAGCAUCGCCAUCUGCAGUUCCAAGUGGGAGAUUAGGUAUGGAAUCUCUAAGAUUUCUUCAAUGAUUUAAAUCUCUCCUUCUGUUUGAUGGGGACAAAUUGUGUGAUAGUUGUAGCGUUUUGGAUCCCAAUCAUUAAAAUUUCUACAUCAGUUUCGCUUACCCGCCAAAAAUGCUUGCCAAAAGAAGCCCAUUCCAUCCACUCCACUCCAAAUACUAUUCCCUCUCUUCCCAUACAUUUCUCUCCCAACCAUCAACACAAUUGAAUCUACCACCAGAUUCGCAUCUCAAAAAUCUAUGCCUCAACGGCCGACUAAAAGAAGCUCUUUUUGAAAUGUCCAUUCUUGGAACAGAUGUGAGGUUUCGAGGCUAUGAUGCUCUUAUCACAGAGUGUGUUAACCAGAAAGCUUUAAGGGAAGGACAACUAAUUCAUUCUCACAUGAUCAAGACUCAUUAUCGAGCACCGACGUACCUAGAUACAAGGCUGCUGAUUAUGUAUGAUAUGUGUGGGAAGUUAGAUGAUGCACGGGAAGUGUUUGAUGGAAUGCCACAGAGGAAUAUUGUGACAUGGACGGCGAUGAUUGCGGCUUAUUCUCGUAGGGGUCUCCAAUCUCUGGCCAUUUGCCUCUUUCUUUGUAUGCUGAGAACAGGGAGUGAAAGCUGAAACCAAGAAUGGUUGCUGGAUUCAUUUUUGGACAAUGGAGA